AUCAGCGAGGACCGGCUCCCGCAUCUUCUCCUCUAUGGCCCUCCCGGUACCGGUAAGACCUCGACCAUCCUCGCCUGCGCCAAGCAGCUCUACCGGGAACGGGAGUUUGGGUCCAUGGUGCUGGAGCUCAACGCCUCCGAUGACCGGGGUAUCGACAUCGUCCGAGGGCCCAUCCUGAGCUUCGCCAGCACCAGGACCAUCUUUAAGAAAGGCUUCAAGCUCGUCAUCCUGGAUGAAGCUGACGCCAUGACCCAGGAUGCUCAGAACGCCCUGAGGCGAGUGAUCGAGAAGUUCACAGAAAACACUCGCUUUUGCCUCAUCUGCAACUACCUCUCCAAGAUCAUCCCCGCCUUGCAGUCCCGCUGCACACGCUUCCGCUUCGGCCCCCUCACCCCGGAGCUGAUGGUGCCCCGGCUGCAGCACGUCAUACAGGAGGAGGGGGUGGAUGUGACUGAGGAUGGGAUGAAGGCUCUGGUGACCCUCUCAAGUGGUGACAUGCGUAGAGCCCUCAACAUCUUGCAGAGUACCAGCAUGGCCUUCGGGAAGGUGACGGAGGAGAACGUCUACACCUGCACAGGACACCCCCUCAAGUCUGACAUUGCCAACAUCCUUGACUGGAUGCUGAACCAGGACUUUACCACUGCCUAUCGCAAAAUCAUGGAGCUGAAGACACUGAAGGGCUUGGCCCUGCAGGACAUCCUCACCGAGAUCCACCUGUUUGUGCACAGAGUUGAUUUCCCACCCUCGGUCCGCAUUCAGCUGCUGAUCAAAAUGGCAGACAUCGAGUACCGGCUGGCUGCUGGGACCAGUGAAAAGAUUCAGCUGAGCUCCCUCAUCGCGGCUUUCCAAGUCACCAGGGACCUGAUCGUGGCUGAAGCCUGAGUCCUGCCGGGUG